AUGAAGAACACGUUGGGUAUUGCCUCCCAGCGGCUCUCACAACAUCGGUUCGAGCAGAUCCCCGAUCUGCCGCACGACGGCAUGACGAACCCCAACGACGCGACCAUCGAUAUCCCUCUCACCGAGGCCCCCAGCCGCGGUCAGAACGGCACUCGCAAAUGGGGCAGAAGUCCCGAGGUGGUUGAGCAGUCCGACGAGAAGGCCGGCCUGCCCAACGACUCAGGCACUGGUCCUGGCCGUCGCCGUCGCGUGGACACCGAUAUCAAUGACUCGACUGGGAAGCCCUCGGACUCGCCUGAGGAUGGCAAAAUCAAUCGUUUGGGCCGCAUCUACCAGGCCAUCUACAAUUUCUCUAUCGUCACUCGUUACAUGAUCUACGUGGUCCCCAUUGGCGCGCUGCUCGCCAUUCCUAUUAUUGUCGGCGCGACUGUCGCCAAGGACGCCUUCAUUGGCGGUGUCCAUCUUUAUUGGUUCUUUGCUUGGAUUGAAGUUGUCUGGGUUAGCUUGUGGGGCUGCAAGAUCUUCUCCAAGUUCAUUCCUUAUGUCUUUCAAACUCUAUGUGGUUUCGUUAGCUCCGGUACGCGCAAGUAUGCUCUUAUCUUGCGCGCUCUGGAGACUCCCAUCACCAUUGUGCUGUGGUGCGUGAUCUCGUUGGUGACCUUCUUGCCGAUUAUGCGGUAUGGUGCCGACAAUAGCAGCGAUGUCUCCUCCUGGGAGAAGAGUGUCAAGAACAUCCUGUUCGCUCUGCUGGUCUGCAGUUUGAUCUUCCUGGCCGAAAAGGCUCUGGUGCAGCUCAUUUCGAUCAGCUACCACCGCAAGCAAUUCGAUGCCAAGAUCAAGGAAUCGAAGCGUAAUGUCUACCUGGUCGGUCUGCUGUUCGAGGCCUCCCGCAACAUGUUCCCCGUGUACUGCCCCGAGUUCCGCGACGAAGAUGACUUGAUCUUCGACUCGCUGCUUGCCCAGGGAACCAAGAAGGACAAGAAGCACAACUCCAUAAUGCCUCUCCGUAUGGUGAGGGAGGUCGGCCGUCAGGUCGGGCACAACGUUGGCCGUAUCGGUGACAAGGUUACCACGGCUUUCGGCAAUGUCGCCUCCGAGCUUACUGGUAAGCAGGUGUUCAACCCGACUGCCACCCACUCUAUUGUCGUGCAGGCCCUCGAGCGGAAGCGUUGUGCCGCGGCGCUGGGUCGCCGUAUCUGGAUGUCUUUUGUUGUUGAGGGUCGGGACGCGCUGUACCUUGAGGAUAUCGUCGAGGUUCUCGGCCAGGGGCACGAGGCUGAAGCCGAAGAGUGCUUCAACGCUCUUGACAAGGACGGCAAUGGUGAUAUCAGUCUGGACGAGAUGAUUCUUUGCAUCACCGAGUUCGGUCGUAUGCGCAAGUCCCUCAAUCACAGCAUGCACGACGUCGACCAGGCCAUCCGUGUUCUGGAUAAUCUGUUGCUCUCUGUUGCCUUUGUUGUUGGCGUUCUGGUGUUCGUCUCCUUCGUCACCACUGGUUUCGGCACUGUCAUUGCGGCCGGUGCUACCUCCCUGCUGUCUCUGAGUUUCGUCUUCGCGACCACUGCUCAAGAGGUUCUCGGCUCUUGCAUUUUCUUGUUCGUCAAGCACCCCUUCGACAUUGGUGACCGCAUUGAAGUCAGCGACAAGCCUUAUGUCGUGGAGCGUAUCUCGCUUCUCUUCAGUGUCUUCCGCAAUGUGAACGAUCACCGUAUCACCCAGGUGCCCAACAACAUUCUGAACAGCUUGUCGGUGGACAACUUCACCCGUGCCAACGCCAUGCACGAGCAACUUACAGUCCCAGUUGCUUUUGACACCUCUUUCGCCGACGUUCAAUUCCUUCGUGAGGAGAUGGAGACUUUUGUCCGUGACAAGGAGAACUGCCGUGACUUCCAGCCAGACAUUGAUAUCGAGGUUGUUGGCGUCGGUGACAUGGACAAGCUUGAGCUGCGCGUCGAUAUCCGCCACAAGUCCAACUGGUCCAACGAAACCGUCCGUGCUGCCCGUCGCUCCAAGUUCAUGUGCGCUCUGGUCCUUGCUGUCCGCAAGAUCCCCGUCCGCGCUCCUGGUGCCGCCGCCCCCGAAGAAGAGACUAAGGAGGAGAGUGAUGACGACGAUGCCGACGACACUGGAAACCGCAAGCCCGGUCAAGAUGGCAUUGACAGCAAGGGAUUAGCUCCUGCUGCUGCCGCCGCCGCCGGUCUGUCCACUGCUGACACUCUGUCCCCGAACACCGCGCAGUCAUCCGGGUUCGACCCGAAGCGGUCCUCCGGCACCAUCCACAAGCGUGGCUCCCAAGCCAGCGAAGCCGCCAUCGCCGAUCGUCUCAACUCUCGUUCUCCGGCUGUUGACGUGGGCCGCGACGACGGCACCAAUGCCGACCUCUACCGCACCACAACCAAUGCCUCCGGCCAAGGCCAGACCCUCAGCGUCAAGGACGGCGUCUCGGGCGUUCAACGCGGCCUCUCCACCGGCCACCGCAAGGCUGGUGCCCACGUCUCCUACGCCAGCGAAGAAGGCAACGUGCCUCCCCUCUCCCCCAUCCGCGCCGGCAUGACUCCCUCCACCAGUGAGGUCCCCAUCCUGGGCAACCCUGCACCCCCCGGUUCCCGCGGAAGCGCCCGCUACGAGCCCACUUCGCAUAACCAGAGCUCCAUAAUCGGAUCCCCCGAGACGGGCACCUACAACACUUCCUACUACCGGACCCAAGAAAACCCCUUCAACCCCGUCUCGACCCGCGGCGUGAGCGCCGAGCAGCACCAGGAUCAUCACCACGAGAUGGACCGGUAUGACCCCGUCUCGCCGACGUCCAUCUACUCGCCUCCUCAGCCUGCCCACCCCGCUGCCGCUCGCACUGCUGAUGAUCUCGCGGCUCGUCGGCCUUCGCUUCUGGCGCGCAUGAAGCGUGGUAAGCAGGACCGCACUUAUGGGGAGCAUGAGGCGUGA